AUGUCUCGCCAACCCGUUCUCAUCGUCGGUGGUAACCUUGUCGGUCUCUCCGCCGCCCUUUGCCUUGCUGCACACAAUGUCCCGACCAUUGUCUUCGAAAAGCACGCAAAGAUUUCAGAGCAUCCCCGCGCCAUCGGCUUUACUGCACGCACAUUGGAGAUCUUUCACGCCCUGGGUAUCUCAGACCAGAUCCCCGAGGUCCCCUCAGACUUUACUCUUCUGCGCGCUCGGGUUGAAAGCCUAACGGGCAAGUGGUUCGAGCGUACAUCGUGGCAGGACACGACCGAAAAACCUAGCCAUGACCAGCAGACAGCAGAGAAUGAAAGUAAGCCGACUUCUGGGGAAAAGGGGCAGUAUUCGCCCUUCCGCGGCGCCGCCAUACCCCAGGACAAGCUCGAGUCGAUCCUCGAGAAAGCAGCUCUCAGCCGCGGCGUUGAUAUUCGGCGACAACAUACCGUCACUAAGGUCGAGCAAAAUGAUUCGGAAGUUCUGGUGACCGUUCUCGACGCACAGGGCACGUCACAUCAGUUGCGCGGUCUAUAUCUCAUUGCUGCCGAUGGCAACCGCAGCGGGAUCCGGGAGCAGCUUCAGAUCGCAAGGACGGGCCGUGGACACAUGCAAAUCAUGCGCAGUGUUUUAUUCCGCGCACCCCUCGAAGACUACCUGAAGGGCGUGCACCAGUUCAACAUUGAGCAGGGAGACUUCAAGGCGUUCCUGACGACCUACAAUGACGGGCGUUGGGUGCUGAUGUUCUACGACGAUUUGGAGCGCGACUCCAAGACCCAGAUUGCGGAUAUUCGACGGGCAGUUGGGAAGUCUGAUAUCCCUGUGGAAAUCAUCACCACUGGCCGCUGGGAGAUGACAGCGCUCGUGGCGGAGAGGUUCCAGGUUGGCAGGAUUUUCCUUGCCGGCGAUGCAGCGCAUGCACUACCCCCGAAUCGAGGCGGAUAUGGUGCGAACACUGGUAUUCACGACGCGCAUAACCUUGCCUGGAAAAUCGCUGCCGUACUGAAGGAAGAGUCGAUGCCGGAGCUGUUGGACACCUACGAUGCGGAACGGCGGCCGGUUGCAUUGCUUAGACAUGAUCAGAUCUUUGUCCGAGCGGAUUACAAGAUGCAUCUGGAGGGCAAGGAUGCUGGGGAGCGGCUCGAUGAUGAUGCAAUGGAGUUUGGUGAGCUGUAUCGAUCCAGAGGAGUUAUAGGUGCUGAGGAUGGACUCUCACCUGCAAAGAAACCUGAUGAGUGGAAGGGACAGCCAGGGACUCAUCUUCCGCAUUUUUGGGUGACGAAAGCGGGCAAGACGGUUUCUAUAGCCGAUGUUACAGGAAUGCAUGGAUGGACGGUGGUUUCAGCAUCGGUGGAAUGGGGGGAUGCCGUGAGGAAAUUGAAUGAGCGGUCACCUGUCAAGCUGAAGCAUCUUCAUAUUGGUCAAGACGUCCAGCUCAACGGUUCUCAGAACCUUACCGAGCUGAUGGGAUUGUCUAACACCGGGGCAUCACUGGUUCGACCAGAUGGAUAUAUUGCUUGGCGGACAGUCGAGAUACCCUGCGAUCCAGUGGACGAUUUGCUUCAAGCGUUGAAUCAGGUUGCGUUUAUCCAGUAG